AUGACAGACGCAUACGCCUUCUCAUACCCAUCUCCAUUAGAGGGGUACGAAAACCUUGAGCCACUAUCCGACGAGCGAGCCGAAGACGGCAAGUCCAUGAAGAACCCUCAACAUGGCGUGUUAAGCAAAGCAUACUCGGAAUUCCCCGAUCCUCUUUCCAAAGGCCGAGAGGGAGGUUUCGAUGUCCACAUCUAUCAUUUCCAAAACAACCCGGACCAAGUCGCAUACGCCAAAGCUCUAUAUGAACGUAUCAGACGAGAAUUCCCCGAGCUUCGAAUCUAUACUUUCUUCGACCGGCCUAUUGGUCCGCAUCCGGUGGCAAUGUUUGAAGUGAAUUUGUUCACACCAGCACAGUUCGGUGCCUUCAUUCCGUGGCUGGUUAUCAACCGCGGCCCGCUUAGUGCUCUCCUUCAUCCCAAUACAGUGACAUCGGAGGAUGAGAGUGAGCGGAACCACACUCAACGGGCAACUUGGCUUGGUGAACGGAUUCCGUUGGAUUUGAGGAUUUUUAAGCUGAUGAAGGCCGCGGAGAAGAAGAAGGAUGAAGAGGAGGCUGAGAAGGCGAAGCUGCAGAAUCUGUAG